GACGGCCGCGCCCGCGAGGGGGGUGGGCCGCCCUGGGGCCCCGCGCGCCACGUGGGCCCUCGCUCAUUUCCCUUUUCCCCUGGCGGCCAGAUUCAGAAGCUGGAAAUUCGGUCGCGGUGACCGGAUGUGCACGCCGGGAUUUCCAACAUAAGAAUCACCCGGGGACGUUUAAAAAUUCCGAUGCCCAGGCUGCACUCUGGAUUAUUAAAUCAGAAUUUCUGGGUUGGAAGGGGGCCGAGGUAUCAGCAUUUAAAAAGUUCCCCAGCUGUUUCCAAAGCACAGUCUUGAGGUUGGGAACCCUUGUGUAAGAGAACAAAGGGGAAGCAGGUGCAGGAGUCGACGGCAAGGGGGAGCCGGGGCACGCCUGUGCGGCCUGCAGCGCACAGCACACAUGCGGAGCUCUGCAGCAGCAUCUGAUUCCUCCACUUGGCAUCCAGGUCAACUGCUUCCCUGGCCCAGUGGAGCAUCUCUCACUUCUGGUAGGACCGAGCGGGGAUCCGAAAUGCCAGGUCCGCAGGAGCUGCGGACUUGUGGAACUGCAAAGCCCGGUGCUUGGCGAGAACCCUGUGAACCUUCCCUGCGGCACCCACCACCGGCUUCCAGAGGCACCCGUGGGCGCAGAGGACACGCCCCCAGGCUGAGGCACAGGGGGCCUCCCGGCCCAAGCACGUCAAUGCCUUUUCCCAUGCCCACACCCGGGGCACACGCCCAGAGAAAUAAAACUGUGGAGGUGUUACUGCAUUCAGAGUCAUCUUUGGCACUUUGUAGGUGACCAAAGCACUCAAGGCCUGUUCCCGUAGCUGAAAUCCAUGACAGAGAAUCAGCAGCAACAGGUAUGCUAGGAACCAUGAGGUAUAUUUGGUAUGCUCCACAUUUCUUUAUUAGCUUAGCCCUAUUUUAGGAUCUGCCCUGAGGAAAUGUGGGGGAAAAGCUAAGUCAAAGAGAGAAACAACCUUUCCCGAGUAAAUUUAUGAAUACAAAUAUGUUUCAUCAACAAUUGUACACUUGUGAGGAUGGAGAGAAGGGCUCUAAGGAUUUGUCAGUGCUCUCACUGUAAUAAUUAACCAAAUCUGUAUGAAAUAGUUUUGUAUUACACCCCAACAGAGGUUUGUACUUUCUCCAAUUGAGAAGAAAUAAAUUAAUCAGAUCCAUUCAGUUUUGUCAUCAACAGGAAGUUUCCAGGCUCCCUUCAUCUUGCCUGAAGGCUGUGGUGCUACAAGCCAGAAAUUUUGUCUUGUGGAAGACGCAGUACAGCAGGACACACUAAAAGCUGCACUGGAAAGGCCUGCACCUAGGAGUCGACCGUUGAUGCAGGCUUCUCAGUGUGAGCUGACAUUGCCACUGUGAGGUGACCC